AGCGAUAAGAACUCCUUAUCACCCGAAUCAAGCGCGCGCGAUACUACUUAAUGUAUUUAAUAACAUUUACGUAGCGCCUAGCCUAUAAAGUUGUCGUAGAAAAAAUUCGGCAAUGGUUAGAAAAGUCUGUACAAAAAACGCGUGUAUUGUGAUAUUAAUUUGUAUCAUUAUAUAUUGCCUAAUGAAAAUCAGGACUAUAGCCUUCUAUAAACAGUAUCACAAAAUUGUGGAACCCACCAAUCCGGUGUUUUGUUAUUCCCUCAACGUGGUCGAUAAGCUCAGAGAUAUACAAGAUACCGAAGUACUAGAUGACAUGUCAAUAUUUUUCCUGGAUACAUCUUGUAAUUCUUUUUCAAAUGGAAAGUUAGUCGUCACACCACGUCAAGCCUGUGCUGUAGAAAGUGCAGCCGUCAUGAAUCCUAACAGAAUAGUAUAUCUUCUUUUUGCGUCACCAGGUAUAUAUCUUACUCUUUUUAGGUUAUUGUUAUUGUGGAAAUAUGGAGGCAUAUACAUGGACUUGGACGUGAUAGUAAUAAAAUCUUUAGAAUCUUUACCCAACAACUUCGCAGCCGCUGAAUCAGGCUCAAAAAUAAACAACGAUGUUAUUGGAUUCAGCAAAAAAGGUGUUGGCCACGAUCACGUUCAAGUAAGUCUGGAGGAUCUCUCGGACAAGUACAAAGGGGACAGUUGGACAGGGAAUGGACCAGAUAUAACCACAACAUUAGCCAAACGACUCUGCAAUACCGGUGACGUAUCAAAAAUGGCCGGCCAAACCUGCAAGGAUUUCCAGAUUUAUCCAUCGAACACCUUCUAUCCCAUUUCCUGGCAGGACUGGGAAUCCUACUUCAAUCCGGACAAGAUGGAUCACGUGAUGGAAAAGAUCAAAGACAGCUACGUUGUCCAUGUUUGGAAUAAGCUGAGCAAAGACAAACGAGUUCAUCUCUAUGAAGAGUCGCCAUACUUGAAGUUAGCAAGGGAGUACUGUCCCGAAACUGUGAGAAAUUUGGAGGAAGCGUUUUAAAAACAAUGUGAUUUAAGAAGCAUACAAAACCGAUGUUGUAUUCUAGAUAUAAUUUUGAUAUUUUUUUGUAAAAUGUAUUUAUUUUGGUUUCAUAAAAUAAAUUAUUUUUUUUAUUUA